AUGACUAACGACGAGAAUACUGCACUGCUUGACACGCUGUCUGACAAGUUUGAUAAGAAUGAUGAUUUGGAGUCUAGCAUGGUCAAAGCGAUUGAAAAUGCGUCAAACCCGGAUCAUAUUGUGAAGUCGGCUGCUGCGAAUCCGCUCGCGUUUAAUAUGCAUUCGACUUCAGAGCAGCAAACUGCGAACGUUCAGCAAGUCUUCUUCUGUCCAGUGGACACAAGUUUACGGCGUGUUUCGAUCGAGGGAGUCGUGACAUCGAGUGGAGAUGUCUCGACGAACCCUCACGAAAACUUGCUGCCCUUCACUGAGCAUUGGGGCUCCAAGAUGGGAAAUGCCAAUAGUCCGACUUGUAUAACGCCUCCACCCGACGACGGCAAACAGCUUCUUGACUCAGUCUUGCGUUUUGUCACAGACUCCGACCUUGAGAUACUAGACGCUGAGCUGACGACAGCAGACCUCGCUUGUGCGAUCGGCCAUAUGAAGGCGACAUCAUCUCCAGGUAUGGAUGGCUUGACUGCUGGAUUCUACCAAGUGGCACCAGACGUGUUUGACGAGUGCUUCGUAGUCAUCUUCAAUGAUCGACUUCGACGCGGUAAGCUCCUAGUGUCUCAGCACAAAUCUGCGGUAGUAUUGAUACACAAAAAAGGUUUGCGUACUGAGCCAGGUAACUACCGACCAAUCGCGCUCGUUGCAGUCGACUUCAAAAUGCUGUCGAAAGCGCUAACGUAUCGGCUACAAAAUGUGAUUGUCAAUUUGAUUCAUCCGGAUCCGAAGGGUUUUGUCAAUGGUCGAUCAAUCCAUCAUCACGUGCGCUUUCUCGCCGACUUGCAAGAUCUUGUCACGAACCAAGACAAAGAGGCGUAUGCAAUGUUCUUGGCCUUUCAAAAGUCGUUUGAUCGCGUCAAUUGGGCAUACAUUUUCCGACUGCUGGUGCGCAUGGGCUUUGGAAAAAAGUUUGUCACUUAUAUCCAGCUACUGUACACCAAGCCAAAAGCCACCUACUUAUCAACGGCAAUAUCCAGCCGGCCAUACAUCCCACACGCGGCGUAA